AUGCUCGGUUUAAUUUGUUUCCUCUCGUUUCUCCUAAUCUCAAUCCCGACCGUCUAUUCUAAUGACGAAAAAUCGAUAUACGAUGUAUUGAAAGCCCACGGGCUGCCGAUGGGGUUGUUGCCGAAGGGAGUGAAAGAAUUCAACAUCGAUGAAAUGGGGCGUUUCGAGGUACACUUGGAUCAGGCUUGCAAUGCGAAAUUUGAGAGUGAAUUGCAUUACGAUAUGAAUGUUAGCGGGAGUUUGAGUUAUGGGCAGAUCGGGGCUUUAUCAGGAAUUUCGGCGCAGGAGUUGUUUUUGUGGUUUCCUGUUAAGGGAAUUCGUGUUGAUGUGCCGAGUUCUGGUCUUAUUUAUUUUGAUGUUGGUGUUGUUUUUAAGCAGUUUUCGCUUUCGUUGUUUGAGAUGCCUAGGGAUUGUGUUGCUGUUCGUGAUGAGGAAAUUGAGUCUGUUCGGCGUGGAAAGUUUAUGGCUGAUGCUGUUGCCAAGAGUCAAUCUGGGAAGUUAAGAUAUCGACUUGAUCAGGAAAAUUUUGGGAGGGAUUUCCUGUGUAAAUCUCCAGAGUUUCUUCUGAAUUAUGAAUCCAUGAUAUACAACUAUACUAUAUUAUUAUGCACCAUGAAGUCUAGUGAGGUUUUUAUGGAAGUUGAAGUGUCAGGGCCCACCCUUUCUGAUAGGGAUUAUGACAAUGGUUCGUAUAUACGUGCUUUGUGUCGCAAUACAAUUAUUGGUCAAGAUGAUCCUGCUCUUGGUUACUUGUGCUCAUUCCAUCAGUAUAGUAACACGGUGAACUCUGCUUGUGGACAGACAGUGCAUUUUAAGCUUGCUUCUUUGGUUUAUAGUGGCCAGCUUCAUCUUUGGAAUGCUGUCAUUUCUCUGUUCUUUUAUUGGGUUGUUCUGACCAGUCGCGUGGAGCUUGUUUUGAUCCAAAAAAUAGCUGUCUAG